AUGGCGCCGGGGCGGAUGCUCGAAUACCUGUUUGAGAAAGACAGGCACGCCUACAACAUCACAAUCUUCAACGCUGAACCGCGGGUGAAUUACAAUCGUCUUAUGCUGUCGCCUGUCCUGUCCGGCGAAAGGACCUAUGAAGACAUCAUCACUCACGGUGACGACUGGUAUGCCGAACAUGGUGUGACACUGCACAAGUCCGCAAAAGUCUCCGAAAUCGAUCGUGCGGCAAAAACGGUGACGUCCGAGACGGGUGUCACGGCAUCCUACGACAGGCUGGUCAUUGCCACAGGGUCCAAUCCGUUCAUCAUUCCGCUGCCUGGUAACGAUCUGGAUGGAGUGCUUACAUAUCGGGAUCUUGAUGACGUCGGAAAGAUGCUUGAUGCCGCAAAACGCGGUGGGCGGGCAAUCGUCAUCGGUGGCGGGUUGCUUGGUCUGGAAGCGGCGGCCGGUCUCAAGAUGCAGGGCAUGGAAGUCACGGUUCUGCAUCUGAUGCCGACACUGAUGGAGCGACAGCUGGACCCGGCCGCCGGAUAUCUCCUGCAGGAGGAAUUCGAGCGGCGCGGAAUUGAAGUCCGUACCAAGGCCAACAGUCACGAGAUCGUCGAUGACGGCACGGGCAAGGUGAAGGGUAUACGCCUGGAUGACGGCACCCAAAUCGAGGCGAGUGUUGUUGUCAUGGCUGUCGGCAUCCGCCCUUCGACAGAGCUUGCAAAGGCGAUCUCUCUUGACGUCGGACGCGGCAUUCUGGUCGGUGACGACAUGCGCACCAGCGAUGCGGAUAUCUUCGCCCUCGGCGAAUGUGUGGAACACCGUGGCAUCUGCUACGGGCUUGUUGCGCCGCUUUACGAGAUGGCGGAAGUCAUCGCGGAUAACCUGUUGAACGGGACUUCCGAAUACACCGGAUCCGUAACGGCAACCAAACUCAAGGUUACGGGUGUCGACCUUUACUCCGCAGGAGAUUUCUCGGAAGGGGAGGAGCGCGAGGAAAUCGUGCUGCGUGACGCGGCGGCCGGGGUCUACAAGCGGCUUGUCCUGAAGGACAACCGGAUUGUCGGUGCCGUCCUUUACGGUGAAACUUCCGACGGACCGUGGUUCUUCGAUCUCCUGAAAAAACGUUCAGAUGUUGCCGAAAUGCGGGACACCCUGAUCUUCGGCCAGGCGUAUCAGGGGGGCGCCCCCCUGGACCCUACGGCGGCCGUUGCAGCCUUGCCGGAUGAUGCUGAAAUCUGCGGCUGCAACGGCGUUUGCAAGGGGAAGAUCGUUAAUGCGAUUUCGGAAAAGGGCCUGAAGUCCCUCGACGAUGUCAGGGCUCACACCAAGGCGUCGGCUUCUUGCGGGACCUGUACCGGUCUGGUUGAGCAACUGAUGCAGGUCACGCUCGGAGAUGCUUACAAUCCGGCUACCGUGACUCCGAUGUGUGGCUGUACCCAUCUGGGACACAGCGAUGUCCGUCGACUGAUCAAAUCCAGGGAACUGAAGACCAUUCCCUCGGUCAUGCAGGAACUUGAGUGGACAUCGUCAGGUGGUUGCGCAAAAUGCCGCCCGGCGCUGAACUACUAUCUCGUCAGCGACUGGCCGGACGAAUAUGCCGACGACUACCAGUCCCGGUACAUCAACGAGCGCGUCCACGCAAACAUCCAGAAAGACGGCACCUAUUCGGUCGUGCCGCGUAUGUGGGGAGGCAUGACAUCCUCCACCGAAUUGCGCGCGAUUGCCGAUGUUGUCGACAAAUUCAAUAUUCCAGCGGUCAAGUGCACCGGGGGACAGCGGAUCGACAUGCUCGGCAUCAGCAAGGAAGACCUUCCCGCUGUCUGGGCGGAUCUCGGCAAGGCAGGGUUUGUAUCGGGUCAGGCCUAUGCCAAGGGGCUGAGAACGGUGAAAACCUGUGUCGGGUCCGACUGGUGCCGUUUCGGCACCCAGGAUUCCACCGGGCUUGGAAUCCGGAUCGAAAAAUUCAUGUGGGGCUCCUGGACGCCGGCGAAAUUGAAAUUGGCGGUUUCCGGCUGUCCGCGGAAUUGUGCUGAAGCAACCUGCAAGGACAUUGGCGUUAUUUGCGUCGACAGCGGUUACGAGAUCCAUUUCGCCGGCGCCGCCGGUCUCGACAUCAAGGGCACGGAAGUCCUUGGUCUCGUCAAGACGGAAGACGAGGCGCUCGAGCACAUCGUGGCGCUGACCCAGAUGUACCGGGAACAGGGACACUAUCUCGAGCGGAUCUACAAAUGGGCCCGACGCGUCGGAUCUGACGAGAUCCGUACCCGGAUCAUGGAGGAUGCCGACCAGCGCAAGCUCUAUUUUGACCGGUUCGUUUUCAGUCAGAAGUUCGCCCAGGUCGAUCCGUGGUCGGAGCGUGUUUCCGGCAAGGACAAGCAUGAAUUCAGGCCGAUGGCGGUUCUGCAGGCGGAGGCGGCCGAAUGA